UGUCCGUGUUUAGAAUGUCGCACAUGUGUAGAACAUCAGUGGUGUCGAUUCUCUUGCUACUGCUGCAGUUGCAACUGCAACUGGGGAUCGUUGAGGCACGAUGCAAUAGACCGGAAGAACUGGCCAAUGGAUCAAUAAUCCAAAGACGCAACUCCCUGCGCUUCCGAUGUUACAACAACUAUAUUCUGGUGGGCUCACCGACAUUAAUCUGUGGAGCGACUGGACGACUUAGUGGGGAGAGGCCAUUCUGUGCCAGGCCAGGCUGUACACGUCCCCCAGACCCGGAGGAUGGUGAGAUCGAGGUGCAACGCAGCCUCACAGCGGUUGUCGUCUGCAAGGAGAACUUUGUAGUUGCUGGAAAUGCUUUGGCCCAUUGCAAUGGCCAUUCUUGGGAUCGUCAGUUGGGCGGAUGUCGCCAUCGAAAUCAUUCACAGAGUCACGCCUGUGACUUUGAGAGCGACGAUCUCUGUGGCUGGACAGCUCAAUUGGGCUUAAUGCAGCCCUGGCGCAGGAUCUCCACCGUUGGACAUUAUCAUACGUAUCGCACGGGACCACGACACGAUCAUACCCUGCAACACGCCUACGGCGGACACUUUAUGCUAAUGGAGACAAGUUCAAAUGCGUAUGGCGUUCAUCACUUUGUCUCCCCAAUAUAUUCGAGAGACUUGAGCUUGAAGACUGCGUGCUGUUUCCGCUUUCAUUAUUUCAUGUAUGGCUCUGGAGUUGGCAGUUUGGUGGUGUCUGUGAAGCCUAGUCGGAUGCGACUGGAUGAAAUGUGGGAAUAUCAGGGACUCUAUCAAAAGUUUAACGUAACUGGCAACCAAGGCAACCAAUGGCUGGAGCAUACCAUUCCCAUCGAUGAGAUGAGCCUGGACUUUCAGGUAGUGUUCACGGCGACCGAUGCGAGUGCCAAUUUCGGAGAUAUUGCCAUUGAUGAUGUGCGUCUGAUAACGGGAAGGGAAUGUGGAGGAGCCGGGAUUAUCACAACAACAGAAGAACCUAUAAAGGAGACAGCAGCCUGGGACACAAUGAGUUGCAACGAUCGUUGCAAUAAGACCGCACCUAAUGAUGAUUUAAUGAUGCAAGUGUAUUUAAUCUUAGCGUGCGGCUGUAAUGAAGAAUGUGUCGAUCUCGAGAACUGUUGUCCUGAUUAUGCCAAGGUUUGUCUUCUCCAGGAUGAAGAGACAACACCAAUUCCCACAACAAAACCAACAACAAAACCAACAACAACAACAACAACGACAACAACAACAACAACAACGACCACUCCAAAGCCAACCCCAUCAGCAACAACAACAACAACCACAACCCGGAAACCAACAACCACAAAAACAACUACAACUACAACUACAAUUAAACCUACAACAACAACUACAACAUCAACAACUCCAUUGCCGACCACAACAAAAAGUACAAUAACAUCCACGUCUAAAGCAACAACAACAACAGCAAUUACAACCACUUCCAGUACUCCUCUACCAUAUGAUACACCAGCACCCACCAUACCGCAUCAUCGUAAUAACAUUUCCUGGCCUGUUAAUUCGAAUGAUAUCGAUGGAGACUUUGGAAAACAGAAGUCAUCAAAUCCCGUUCGCUUCAUGUGGUACUUCAUGCUGGCUAUAAUGCUGAUCAUUAUCCUAGCCAGUGUGAUAUAUCGAUGGCGACGACCCAAUGUCGGUAAUCUGAAAGAUGUAAAAUUCGUAAAGGGGAAUCGCAUUGGGAGAAGUGAAUCGAAUGAUAAACUUUGCGAUAAUGCCGCAGAAAAUGAACACGAAGGAGAGGUACAAUUCGAGGAAAUCGGCGUGGAUAUAUGCAAUGUGACGCACCUGUAAUGUAAAAAGUUGGCUGAAUACCCAUAGAUAUUCUAUUUCAAUUAAAAUUAUAAUAUUAUGUAUUAUAAGCAAACAGUAGCUUAGAUUUUUGUACAACUCAUUAUGAAUUAAAUACUUCAAGAAAAAUAUAAAAACAA